AAACACCUCCCCGGCCGCCGGCCCAGCCGCGGCCGCCGCCUUCUUCUCCUCCCCGCCGACCCCCUUGGGCCGGGCCAAACCCCUCCCACGUCUGCGGCGAGUGGCAGUGGCAGAAGGGCGGCGGCGCCGCCGCCAUCACGUGAGACACCGCCGAGCGCUCCGUGCCGCUUCGUCCGCCGCCGACCCUGGCCUCGCCCCGCGCCGCCAUGCCCAGCAGCGAGGCGGUGCCGCUGGGGCUGGGCGCCUGCCGCAGGUCGGGGGCGCUGGCCGGGAUGCUGGCGCUCGUGGCGCGGGUGCUGGAGUGGCUGCGCUCUCUGUUCUGGAAGGAGGAGAUGGAGCUCACGCUGGUGGGGCUGCAGUACUCGGGGAAGACCACGCUGCUCACCGUGCUGGCGUCAGGGCAGUUCACAGAAGAUAUGAUUCCCACAGUAGGCUUCAAUAUGAGAAAAAUAACAAAAGGAAACGUUACCAUAAAGGUAUGGGACAUUGGAGGGCAGCCAAGAUUUCGAAGCAUGUGGGAGCGUUACUGCAGGGGAGUCAAUGCGGUUGUUUACAUGGUGGAUGCAGCAGACUUGGAAAAAGUAGAAGCAUCAAAGAAUGAGCUGCACAGUUUGAUAGAUAAACCACAAUUGCAUGGAAUUCCAGUGUUAGUCCUUGGAAAUAAAAGAGACCUCCCAGGUGCACUGGAUGAAAAACAGUUGAUUGAGAAAUUAAACCUUUCAGCUAUUCAGGACAGAGAAAUCUGUUGCUAUUCUAUUUCCUGUAAAGAGAAGGAUAACAUUGACAUAACGUUGCAGUGGCUUAUUCAGCACUCCAAAUCAAGACACUGUUGAAGAAAACAAAACAAACUUGCUGAAGAUAACUCUUCUUUCCCAAUCACUUUGACUCCUAUCAGCUAUAUACAACUGAAAAGAUAAAAGAAUACAGCUGCAUACUACCAGGACUCACUUUGAUCAUAUUUGUUAAUGGAAAUAAAACUAAACUAUGGCUUGUCUCUCCAUUCCGGUUCUGUUUUUUGUUUUUUUUGUUGUUGUUAUUUUUUUUUUUUUAAUAAAUACAGAUAUUUGUUUGCCUAGAUGAAAUUCCUGAAUGCCUUAAUACAGGAUGGAAAGAAAUUGGUGCUUUUGGGGGCUGAGAUGUUUGAGUUUAUGCAUGUGAAUUAUCAAACAGUGUUUUUUGUUUGGUUAUGUUUUUUCUAAUUUUAAACUGAAUAAACUGCACAGUGGAAACAGA